UGCCCAUAAUAUUCAAAAGGAUUAAAAUGAGGACUAGAAGUGUCGUUAAUGACAGAACAUUAAAAAAAAAUCUCUGUGGAUUCAAAGCUUUCCGCGUCAAUGGUACUAUCAGUCUUUCCGUCUAGAUAUAUUCCCAUCGAUACCAUACCAGUUUGAAAAUCAAAGACUGCAUCAGAUAGUACAGUCCGUCAUCGUAAUGUCUUGGACAUCUAUUCAGUUAAUUUGUGUGCCUGCAAAGCCUAUUUCCGUCUUUAUGUCAAAGUCUGACAAUCUUUCGUCCCAACCUUUUGGGCUUGACGUUUUUCAAAUCGGCGAUGUAGCCAAUUUGACUGUGCAAAAAGUGGACUUUAGUCAGCAAAACGAAAACAAAACGGGAAAAUAGAUCAUGUCUCGACGCAGCAUCGAUUCGAAAGGGGGACCGACUUCACCAUCACAUUCGAAACUAAGCACGUAGGCAGAGAGUAA